AUGGGGACCCUGACGAUCGGUGCCAAGUACAGGACCACGCUCAGGGACCCCGGCACCAGCGGCGUCCUCAACAUGAGUGAAGAUAAGUUCACAUUUACCCCUCAUGGUACAUGCUCAUUAAUGGUGCUCAAUGUCGAUUUCCGAAGCAUCAAAGGUCACAAGUUCAACAGAGUAGAUGGUAGCAAACCAACACAACCUUUACUGAAUCUUUUACAUAAUUCUGACAAGGGGGGAGGCUAUAUUUUUGAGUUUGACAAUGUUGGUAACCGUGAUUUGUGCCGCGACUUUGUAGCUAGGCUUUUUGGCAAACAUCAAGGUACUGUGCCUCCUACACCAAAUGGUGUACCUCCAAAAUCAACUGCGUCAACUGGUCCAGAACAAGUCAGUUCUGCCGAAAUGGAGCGGCGGAUGAAAUUACUGCGAGAAGACAGUGAACUGCAGAACUUACAUAAGAAGUUUGUUGUUUGCAAUAUUCUGCAAGAGUCUGAAUUUUGGACAAUGAGAAAGAAUUUACUUGACUCUGAAGUAAACAAAGCACCAAAACAAAAGCCAGGUUUCAAAAGUGUGAUGGUAGCUGAUGUUAGGCCAUCAUCUGAUGGAAAGACAAACAAGGUUACUUUCCAUCCGACUACCGAGAUGAUCGAUGAGAUUUUUGCGGAAAAGCCAGCCGUGCAUCGGGCAUUUUUAGAUUAUGUCCCAAAGAAGUUAUCAGAACAGGAUUUUUGGACAAAAUAUUGUAGAGCUGAGUAUCUACUUAGGACAGAAAGUACUUUAAGGGCAAAAGCUGAGGCUGCUGGAGAUGAGGAAUUAGCCAUGUUCUUAAAAAAUGAUGAUAUACUUGCCAAGGAAGCAAAGCUCAAGAUAAAACAAGUUGAUCCAACAUUUGACAUGGAGGCAGAUGCAGGAGAUGACUACAUCCAUCUCCCGGAUCAUGAGAUUCUCCGUGAUGGCACCGAAGAGACAACUGAUACUGAUAUUGAAGUGGCUAGGAGAUCACUUUCUCAGGAUCUGAAUCGGCAUGCUGCUGUCGUUCUUGAGCAGAGAUCAACAGAUAUCAAAUCAGCUGAUAUGGAGCCUGUUACUGGAGCACUUGCAAGGUCCAGGAAGGAAAGACCUUCUAGUUCUGUUGCUGAUGAUGCUAGUCAUGAGAGAUUGGUUAAGAUGGCCCGCAUGAUUGAGAUAGAGGACCUGCAAGUUCCAAGAACUAUACCGUAUGCACCACUUUGUAUAAAGGAUCCUCGAGAAUAUUUCGAUUCUCAGCAAGCAAAUGCUCUGAGAACUUUAAAUGGCAAUAAUGAUGUAAGAAAGGCUCAUAGCUGCAGCCUGAGCACCCAUGAAGCAUUCGGUCAUUUGAUGGAUCAAAUACCGUCUGUGAAAUUGAACUGUCCGAUUGUUCAAUCAGAUGUGGCUCUUAAGGUUCUUAAAGAAUUGAAUGAAGGAAUUUCACGAUCACGAAUGCUUAAUCUUAAGAAACCUCAAGACAGUCUCCUUGGUCGUCUGCCACGCCGAACACGAGAUGAACUUAUGGACCAUUGGAUGGCUAUCGAGGAGUUGCUGCACCAUUUUUGGUCAUCGUACCCAAUAACAACUGCAGCCCUUAGAAAUAAGGUUCAAAGGGUUCUGGGUGCAAUGACACAGAUAUAUCAAAAGUUACAGGAUAUAAAGGAAUCGGCACAGCCUGAUGUAAGACACGAUAUAUCUCGACUCGUAAAGCCCAUGACCCAGGCUCUGGAUGCUGCCUUCGACCAUGAUCUAGACCAGCAGCAGAAAUCUUCAAAGCCUGGGAACAGCCCCAGCGGGUUUUGAACAGAAAGCUUCACCCGUGAGCGUGAGGAGUUAA